AUCAUUAACUUCUUCCACAAGUCAUAUAAACUCGCUUCUUCCACAAAUCUUCACACUCUUCCCUACCAGUCACCUCCGCGACACAUUCUUGAGCCAGAGAUCGCUCGAGUUUUAGGGUUUUUCUUUAACCACAAACUUCAUCUCUCCGGGUUCCUCUGUUCGAUAGAUUCUUUCUCAGACUCUCUCUAAUGGCGGACCAGCAAGAUCAAGAGCCAAAUCCUCCCGCCGAUUCUCUCUCUCUAAUGGCGGACGAGAAAGAUCAAGAGCCAAAUGCUCCCGCCGAAAAGCCAGAGCUUCUCCCAUUAAAGAAGAGAGCAACGGCUGGAAAAUCACUCGUUGGGUAUAACAUAGCACCCGAGUCUGACUCCAGCAGCGACAGCAGUGACGAAGGAGAUGUGGCGUGUUUACCCGAGAAAGAGGUCAAUAAAGAGACACUCCAAGAACUCCAGAAAAAAGCUUUCUACUCUCUUCUCCAAGCUUUCGCUUUAGAAACCUCGACAAUGUCAAACAAGAGGACUCAGAUCAUAGAAAAACUGAUGAACGAGUGGGGGAUUGCUAACGAAACUCAAAUCUCUUUUGCGGAUCAGAUUCAGAAGAAACUUCUGACCCUACAACAAAUGAAGGAUUCUGAUAAGAAGGAAACGCAGAUACUACCAGAGACGCCAUUGGCCCCACCUGCAACGCAGAGUUGGACAUUUGUUCCUAAACCUGGCAAAAGCUGGGGCAGUGUUAAUCCUGAGUCUCUUAUUGGAAAAUGGGUCUGUAUGAAGCUGCCUGAUGAAGCUGAUUUCGCUGAAUACAUCAUCAAAGCAUAUGAUGCGGAAAAGGAAAUGCAUAGCAUAGUGAACGCAGAGUCGAAUGCAAUGGAGGUUGAUGGCAUUGAUCCGUUUAGCUGGAUAGAUAUCAGAGAAAUUGCGCCUAACGAUAUCAUGUGGGAAGGUGGACAAAAGCCAAAGUUUGAUACUCCCAACCAAUCUGCAGCUACAGCUCAAGGAGCACCUUUCUGACAACAUUGACAAGGACAAUGCUGAGAAUGACCAAGACCCUCUUUUGCAUUUUGUUUUGAGAUCUUUAGUUACUUGUACAAUCACAUUACACAAGACCUUUUUUUUGGGUGUUGUUAGCUGGAAUUAGAGAAGAAAUGGGUCAGUGUUGAAGUGUAAACAGAAUCCAAACACUUGCUUUUGUAAACAGUGACUUGUUAGCUUAUCUCAUCCCUUGUCUCGUCUAUAAUCGGAAAAGUUUUCUUUAUGGUCGGCGACAUCGCUCCGGUUCGAUUCAGUCACCACUUUGGGUGGCUCUCGGGGAUUUCCAAAUUCGUCUCUCUCCUGAUCUCUUCAGCUUCAUUUACAAGGAUACUGAAAAUUUCCGAUUCAGAAGCAUAGAAUCUGCAAAUCUAGACCCGAAAACGCAAGGGAUUGGAAUCUCCGGUGGAAUUUCGAAACAAAUAGAUCCUCGACUUCUCGCCGGAGCAAUUUAUAUAGUUAUCAUUAACUUAGAAAAACAAUUUAGUUUUAAUUAAAUAUUAAAAUAAUUUGUUAGUAGCGCGGUUAAAAGCC